AUGAUGGCCUUGGUGAGUUUGUCCAUUGGCCUCGUGCUUGGCGCAGUGUUUGGGUUUCUCUUCGGCCGCUGCUCCUCGCGGAAUGAUGAGGAUAGAGAAAAGGGCAAGCGGCGAAAAGACUCUUGCGCAUCUCAGGACCGCGAUGUGAUUCUGGAGAUCGAGAGGCGAAUGUCUCAGGAGGGGAUCCACUUUGCCCGGCAAGUGACUGGAGGCUCGCCGCCAAGGUCACCGACGUUCCGCGGCAACGGGCGGCUGCGUGAUGGGGACACCAGCGUCUCCUCCUACUCCUCGGAUGGUGAGCUGGGUACCGUCUACGGCCUCGGAGGGUAUAGCCAGUCGAGCCGAGUUCUCCUUUGCAUGGUGGGCUUGCCAGCCCGUGGCAAGUCUUACAUCACCAAGAUGCUGAUGAGAUAUUUGACGUGGAGUGGCUUCCCCGUCAAGUCUUUCAACGCGGGCAACUUGCGCCGACAAGGAGGGAAUGCUGGGGCCUCGGCGCAGUUCUUCAGCUCCACCGAGGAGGCCACGAAGCGCCGUGAGGCCAUUGCGGAUGCAUGCAUGGCGGAGGCGAUCGAGUGGUUACGUAUGCACAAGAGUGUAUGUGUCGCCAUUUUCGAUGCAACGAACACGACGAAAAGACGCCGACAACGCCUCAUCGAUCGAUGCCGACAAGUUACGGGCAUCACAGCAGUGUUUGUCGAGAGCAUCUGCGACAACAAGGAAAUUCUGGAACGAAACUAUUCGCUCAAGCUGGCGAACGACGACUACAGGACAAUGGACCCUGCGAAGGCACGCGCAGACUUCAUCCAGAGAGUCAAGGAGUAUGAGACCAGGUAUCAGACAGUUGCGGACACGGAAGACGGAGGGGAGAUCUGCUACAUCAAGCUCUUCAAUGUGGGCCAGAAGGUGGAGAUGCACCACUGCUCUGGAUACUUGAUGAGCCAGAUCGGCUUCUUCCUGUCGAACAUCCACAUCAGUCCACGCUGCAUCUGGUUAACACGCCACGCAGAGAGUGAAGAUCAACUGUCAGGCAUCCUCGGAAGCCAUCGCGGAGAACUCACGAAAAAUGGUCGCAACUACUGCAGAGAGUUGUCAGCAUUCUUGCGCAAAUGCCGCCGUGAGAUGGAAGAGGCUGGACAGGUGGAGACCAGUGGUGACAUCUUGGUGCUAAUGGGCACUGCUCCUGUCCACUACUCCACGCUGCAGGCGAUGAUGAUGCGAGGCUCGAGCCCGAACCUGACGUCCGACCUCAACGGGGAGUUCACGCCAGGAGGUGCCCUGCACUGCAAAGGCUUCCAGGCUAUGAGCACUUCCCUUUUGAAUGAGCUGGAUGGCGGUGUUUGCAACGGCCUAAGCUAUGCAGAGAUACAGCAAGACUACCCAGAUCUCUGGGGUGCCCGGGAACGAGACAAGCUCAACUUCCGCUAUCCAAACGGCGAAUCGUACAAG